AUGUUCGGCUUCGGUUCGCGAAAGAACGAGUUCAUUGUCGAGGGCCGGACAGUUGUUGUGACCGGUGGCUCUGAUGGCAUGGGCAGGGCUGUGGCAGCUCAAUUGGCCAAGAAAGGCGCAAACGUCGUGGUGGUUGCACGGACAGUCUCCAAGCUCCAAGACACCGUUGAAGACCUCAAGGCCAACAACCAGAAUGUGCCCAAGCAGCGGUUCCAUUAUAUAAGUGCCGACCUCACCCAAUCCGCAGAGUGCGGGCGAGUAAUUGAUGAGGUCACGGCCUGGAACGAAGGAGCUCCUCCGGAUGUCGUCUGGUGCUGCGCUGGUUUCUCCCACCCUGGCUUCUUCGUCGACGUUCCCAUUCCGGUCCAGAGACAGCAGAUGGACACCAUCUACUGGACGGCGGCAAACACCGCUCACGCGACUCUUCGAAGCUGGCUGACUCCUGUUCCGCCCAGUGGACAAAUGAAGACCCCGCGGCGACACCUCAUUUUUACCUGUUCUACUCUGGCAUUCAUCCCGAUCGCCGGUUAUGCACCCUACUCGCCCGCCAAGGCAGCCAUUCGCUCCCUUUCUGAUACUCUCAGCCAAGAGAUUGAGAUGUACAAUGGGGUCCACUCCCAGCGGCAUCGCCGCGACGCCCCGGCAGCGGAUAUCAAGGUCCACACGGUUUUCCCAAUGGGCAUUCUCUCUCCCGGCUUUGACAACGAGCAGAAGAUCAAGCCCGACCUGACCAAGAAGCUCGAAGAGGCCGACAAGCCCCAGACUCCCACAGAAGUGGCCCAAGUUGCCAUCAGUGCUCUGGAGCGCGGCGAGUAUCUGAUCACCACUAUGUUCGUUGGCCAUGUCAUGAAGGGCGCCGCGCUCGGACCUAGUCCGAGAAACAGUAUUAUGGGCGACACUUUCCUCAGUUGGCUCAGCAGUCUGGUGUUUUUGCAAGUGAUUCCGGAUCUUCGCAACACGGCAUUUAACUGGGGAAAGAAGAACGGGCUCCCCAGACGCACGUCGACAUGA